AACUAUAUGGUCCCAAUAUACUUACACCAACACCACCAACCCCGAAGUGGAUAGUUUUUUUGAAAGUAAUGUUUGGCGGAUUUGCUAUACUUCUUUGGGUAGGAUCUGGUCUUUGCUUAAUUGGGUAUUUGAUACAAACGAAUACGCAGCGUGAUCCGCCAGACGAUAACCUAUAUUUAGGAUUGGCUCUAGCCGUACUUGUGAUACUUACUGGACUAUUUACAUAUUUUCAGUUCGGCGCGGUCACGCUGAUCCGAACUCCAAUCCGGGAGCUAAGCGAGACGGUGCGGGCCCACUUCCGCGACAACACUCUGGCCGACGAGCGUUUACAUCUACCGGCGACCAUCUCCGUGGUCCUAGGAGCGGAUAUGUAUUCGAGAGUGAUGCAGCCCGGCUUCCUGAAGAUCCAGGAUGGACUGCCAGUGGCCUAAAGUACCGUCUUCGGUUGGGUCGUGUCUGGAGCCUGCACUGUUGCAACACGAGCGAUUGCAAGGGGCGAAGGAUGUUUACGUGAGGGGCCCACUGUGCCGCCUCUGGUCAGGAGCGAGUUUUCUGUUCCCGGCUUGCUCUCGCUUUAACGAUGCAAAGCGACCGGGAGCUCGGUUCUUGUGAGCAGGGUAUAAAAGCUGACGCUGAAAUAUAUACCACGACGCCCCUGCCUUUGGAUUUUCAACCCUGAUUUGGCC